AUGUCGCGGGUGUCCCAACCGCCGCUGAUGCUUGGCGAACGGCCACCGCCGCCCCAUGGUGGAGACGGAAACAUGAGCUUUCGUCAGGUUCCUUACGUGAGCGUGUAUGCACGCGUGGAGAAGGGCGCCGCGGUCCGCAAACACCUUCGCAAGUACCUCGAGUCGAGCGCCGCCUCGCACGCUGCCAUGUCCCAACACUUGCUCAACGACGCGCACGUGGCGUCGAUGCAGCCGGACGAAAUAUCCAAGACGUGCAUGGACGACGUGUUUCGCAUGCUGCACAAGUAUAACCAUACUGUUGGGACGAAAAGCCUGGAGGUCAGCAAGACGCUAAUGGAUCUCGCCGCGCCGCUCGACAACUCGGGCAAGUUGCGCAAGUGGAACAAAGACACAUACAAUCUCAUUCAAAAAUGCGUCCAGGAUGUCACGGCCGCGGACAAGAAGAUGGUCCGACUCCAUGCGUGCACCCCGUUCAUGAACCUCACGUUCUCCGUGUCGUCAUUCUUGCACAGGAACGAGCAAUUGCUCGGCGCGCUAAGGCCAUCGAAGAUCACAUGCACUGGCAACGUGUUGUUGAAGCCAACAAAGCGACUCUGA